UAACAUGUGCAUUCACAUACAAACAGCUGUACAAUGCCAGCUAGCACAGUGUAUAUGCAGUUAUGAUUUCAUUUUUUUUGGGUAGCUGCGCGUAAGCAUCAUAAACUAUACGUGCACACAUCGCGUUCAAAAGGGGGCAGACAAAAGGUGUCGUUACGUCUCGUGAGUCAUUUAACGUGUAUUCGCAUACAUUUAGGAGAACAAUGAACCUGGAUCUUACAUGCCAGGGUCAUAUUCCAAGAGCUUAUUGCAACAGUUUCAAAUCAUUGAAAGUCCUGACCGAGGCAAGGAUCACUGUCAACAAUCUGCAGCUUCGAGGACGUCGGUGAUGAUCUGUAUAUAGGAUGAAUCGAAGUUAGUUCGAGUCAGCUCUGAUUGAGAAACAUGGCUAGUCCUCUGGAACAUCCAAACAUUUCAAUAAAUAGUAGCGUCGAGCCUAACAGCUCCGACGUGAAUUUAGACGAGGGAGAAAGACUCGUCAAACCCAGAAACAAUUUUGCAUCGUAUUUGAAUGAUGACGUCAGCAUUAGAUUUCGAAGUAUCACCAAUAACAUAAGACUCCCAUUUUCGAGUGUCUUGGAAAGCCUUUCUCAUCGACAUAUAAACAGAUUGGGGCCUCGAGAAAUAAGGCUCGGCGAUACCAAUUUUUUGUCCACCAAUUAUGAGAGCUUGGAUUACGAUCCCUGUGAGAACUCUCUUCUCCAGGAAGAGCAGAGGAAGAAAGGCUACAAAUUCAUAGUAAAGAAGAAUCUGGCGCGCUGGCUCAUAUUCUUAUUGAUUGGUAUAUGUACAGCGCUCACUGCAUGCUUCGUUGACAUCUCCAUCGAGGUGUUAUCCACUUUUAAAUACGGACUGUUAAAGACGUAUAUGGACCUAUGUGUUGUAAAUAGCUGUCUGUGGUUGCCACUCCUCAUGUGGCUGACCAUGAAUCUAGUGCCGGUACUAAUAGGCUCCAUUUUGGUGGCUUAUGUGGAACCCAUUGCUGCAGGCAGUGGAAUUCCUCAAGUUAAAUGUUAUUUAAAUGGCAUCAAGGUGCCACGAGUGGUUAGAAUUAAGACCCUUGCUGUGAAGACAAUCGGUGUGAUAACAACAGUGGUCGGUGGCCUUGCCGGAGGAAAGGAAGGACCAAUGAUACAUUCCGGAGCUGUAAUAGCUGCAGGCAUAUCUCAGGGCAAGAGUACGACUUUUAAGAAGGACCUAGGGAUAUUCAAAUACUUUCGGGAGGAUCAUGAAAAGAGAGACUUUGUUUCUGGAGGUGCUGCGGCUGGAGUCUCCGCAGCUUUUGGAGCACCCAUCGGUGGUGUGUUGUUUAGUAUCGAGGAGGGCACAAGUUUUUUUAAUCAGGGCUUGACUUGGAGGACAUUAUUUGCUUGUAUGACGACAACUUUUGUACUGAAUGUUGUUUUGAGUGCUUAUCAUGGUCACCUGGGUGACUUGUCGUACCAGGGUCUCUUGAAUUUGGGGAAAUUUGAGACUAUUCCAUAUCAAAUCUAUGAGAUACCACUGUUCGUUCUGGUGGGAGCCAUCGGAGGGGCAUUAGGAGCUUUAUGGAACCACCUUAACUAUAAAAUCAGCUGUUUCCGGCUGAACUACAUAAACGCAAAGGGCUUGAAAGUAUUGGAGGCUCUCUUCAUAGCGGUUAUCAGUGCACUAAUGGGUUUUCUCAUGAUCUAUUUCAUCGAUGACUGCAAGCCACUGGGGAAGGACCCAACCAAGUUUCCAAUUCAGUUCCACUGUAUGGAAGGAGAAUACAAUGCAGUUGCCGCGCUCUGGUUCCAAACACCUGAGAGCAGCGUACGCUCUCUCUUCCAUAACCCAAUCGGCUCUCACAACGAUGUCACAUUGGCCAUAUUCGUAGUCCUUUAUUUUUUUCUGGCGGUCUGCACCUUUGGUCUCUCUAUGUCCAGUGGACUUUUCAUCCCUACGCUGCUAAUCGGAGCUGCAUGGGGUCGACUCUUUGGUUCGGGCUUGUCUAAAAUAUUCCCAAAUAACGAGCUGCUCGAUCCUGGAAAAUAUGCUCUUCUUGGGGCUGCUGCCCAGCUAGGAGGUGUGGUAAGAAUGACGAUCAGUCUGACUGCGAUCCUGAUCGAAGCCACUCAGGGGAUAUCCUUUGGCUUGCCACUCAUCAUUGUCCUGAUCAUGGCCAAGUGGGUCGGUGACUUCUUUAAUGAGGGUAUUUACGAGAUUCACAUACAAAUGGCGGGGAUUCCCCUACUUCCCUGGGAGGCUCCACCACUGUCAAACAACAUCUAUGCCAGCGAAGUGAUGAGCCAUCCUGUCGUCACAUUGAAGACAAUCGAGAACGUCGGACACGUAGCUGAACUUCUGAAGUGUAUCACUUUCAAUGGGUUCCCAGUGGUCGAUCCACCGAAUAGUGAUCAGGAGGAGAUCAACUGUUACGGAAGGUUUCGGGGUCUGAUAUUAAGGUCGCAGUUGAUAGUUCUUCUGCAGAAUAAGGUGUUCAACGAGUACAGCGAGAGUUGGGACCGCGAGGUCGACAUUCAAUUAUUUAGGAACGAGUAUCCGAGGUACCCAACAAUAGAGCAGGUCAGCAUCACCGAGGAUGAGAAGACUUACACGAUGGAUCUCAGACCUUUCAUGAACCCGUCGCCUUACACGUUACAACACUCAGCGUCCCUGCCUCGAGUGUUUCAUCUCUUCCGAGGAGUGGGCCUCCGUCAUCUACCAAUUGUCAACGAUACAAAUGAGGUCGUCGGGAUGAUAACGCGAAAGGACGUCGCCAGGUACAGAAUCUGGAGGCAUCUCGGGUCGAUGGGCCUGGACGAGUUGUUUGUCACGGACAAGAUUUAAAGAGAGGCUUGUAUUUAUUCAUUGGUCAAAGAGCACUUGCAUUUGAUGUACAUACACUUGCACACUUUUCACGUAUUCUAGUACACAGGAGGAAUGUAAUGGCAUUGAUCGGUCAAUGAAAUACGCGUAUAUGCAUAUAUACGUGCAUAUAUUUUUCUUUUUCUUACAAAAUACAUGCUAUCGCACAGUUA